AUGAAUACAUAUGUCACCCGUUUCCCAUUUCUAUCAAAGCUAAAAAUACACCUAAAAAUACACACAGGAGAAAAGCUUUACUCCUGCUCUGAAUGUGGAAAAUGCUUCAAAACAUCAACUGCGCUAAAAGUUCAUCUUGGAACACACAGAGGAGAGAAGCGUUUCUCCCGCUCUGACUGUGGAAAGAGUUUCUCUCAUCGGGACACCUUAAAACGACAUGAACGUACACACAAAGGAGAGAAGCCUUACUCCUGCUCUGACUGUGGAAAGAGUUUUACUCGACCAAGCCACCUAAAACAACAUGAACAUAUACACACAGGAGAGAAGCCUUACUCCUGCUCUGACUGCGGGGCGAGUUUCUCUCGCCGGAACACCUUAAAUCGUCAUGAACAUAUACACACAGGAGAGAAGCCUUACUCCUGCUCUGACUGUGGGGUGAGUUUCUCUCGACUGGGCACCUUAAAAAAACAUGAACGUACACACAAAGGAGGGAAGCCUUACUCCUGCUCUGACUGUGGAAAGAGUUUCUCUCAACUGGGUACCUUAAAACAACAUGGACGUACACACAAAGGAGAGAAGCCUUACUCCUGCUCUGACUGUGGAAAGAGUUUCUCUCGACCAAGCCACCUAAAACAACAUGAACGUAUACACACAGGAGAAAAGCUUUACUCCUGCUCUGAAUGUGGAAAAUGCUUCAAAACAUCAACUGACCUAAAAGCUCAUCAGAGAACACACACAGGAGAGAAGCCUUACUCCUGCUCUGACUGCGGGGCGAGUUUCUCUCAUCGGAACACCUUAAAACGUCAUGAACAUAUACACACAGGAGAGAAGCCUUACUCCUGCUCUGACUGUGGAAGGAGUUUCUCUCAACUGUGCCACCUAAAAAUACAUGAACGUUUACACACAGGAGAGAAGCCUUACUUCUGCUCUGACUGUGGAAAGAAUUUCUCUCAACGGGGCACCUUAAAACACCAUGAACGUAUACACAAAGGAGAGAAGCCUUACUCCUGCUCUGACUGUGGGGCGAGUUUCUCUCGACUGGGCACCUUAAAAAAACAUGAACGUAUACACACAGGAGAGAAGCCUUACUUCUGCUCUGACUGUGGAAAGAGUUUCUCUCAACUGGGUACCUUAAAACAACAUGAACGUAUACACACAGGAGAGAAGCCUUACUCCUGCUCUGACUGUGGUAAGAGUUUCUCUCGACCGUGCACCUUACAAAAACAUAAACGUAUACACACAGGAGAGAAGCCUUACUCCUGCUAUGACUGUGGGGCGAGUUUCUCUCGUCCGGACACCUUAAAACAACAUGAUUGUAUACACACAGGAGAGAAGCCUUACUCCUGCUCUGACUGUGUAAAAUGCUUCAAAACAUCAACUGACCUAAAAGUUCAUCAGAGAACACACACAGGAGAGAAGCCUUACUCCUGCUCUGACUGUGGAAAGAGUUUCUCUCACCUGGGCACCUUAAAACAACAUGAACGUAUACACAAAAGAGAGAAGCCUUACUCCUUUUCUGACUGUGGGGCAAGUUUCUCUCUUCCAGACACCUUAAAAUGAUCUGAACAUAUACACACACUGGAGAGAAGACGUACUCCUGCUCUGACUGUGGAAAGAGUUUCUCUUGAGUGUGCCAUUUAAAAAGACACUAAGGGAAACACAAGAGAGGAGCCUUACCACUGAUCUGACUGUAGAAAAUGUUAAAACACCAGCUGAGCUUAAAGGUCAUUAGAGAAAAGACAAAGGAGAGAAGCCUUACUUCUGCUCUCAAUAUGGCAAGAGUUUUUCCCAAUUGGGCAAUGUAAAAACACACCAACGGAUACACACUUGAGAGUGCAGUGAUAAGGCUUCUGACUGUGGUAAGAGAUUCUACAGAUUGGGCCAUUUAAAAAGACAUCAAUGUAUACAUAAAGGAGAGAAGCCUCAUCAGUUCUCUCAGACCAGCUAAGAUUAGACACUCCACUUAAUUCUCAUG